CGCUGUUGAGAAUGCCCGUGCUGGGCUGACACUGUAGCGACACGGGCUGAGCAGACAUGGAGGCCCGACCAACGAGGGAGGCCCGUGCUGACACAUCCAGGCUCAGCUAACACAGCGUCGGAAGUGGAUUUUUGGGACAUCGCGGACGACAUACACGCCACUACUCGCUCACUUGGAGUAAUGCUUGUUGGCCACCAAGUUGCCACAACCGAACCGAGGAAGGAGAGGGAGCCAAAUAAUGUGAAUACAAUUUGUGGAAAACUAGAAGAGUUGAAGGACGGAGUGAGAGGACUGAAGUGACGGCAAAGGAUAGAAAACCCUGUGGAAAAGAAAAAGGAGAGCUCCUACCUCAUUGUUAUCCCCCUCCCCCUUUCCCUCCUCCUUCCCUAUCCCACUCCCAAGCCUAUAUUCUUCACAGGAUACACCUUUUGAACUCACGCUGCCCUGAAGUCAAGAUGGAUCCGAAGAUUCACGGGAGAACUGCCACGCCGCCGCCGCCUCCUCCUCCUCCUCUGUCAGCUGUUCCUUCUGGAGAGCGAGAGAAAGAAGGAGGCAUUGGAAAUAAAGACGAUGAGGAGGAGAAGAAGCGGGAUAAAGAGAAAGAGACUUCUGCUACAGCUGAUGGCGCAGGAGCAGGCGCUCAAAGUGGCCCUGACCAGUCACAGUUCUCCAUCAAGGAGAGUAGCCUGUCGGAAGGCAAUGUCAAACUGAAGAUUGGCCUUCAAGCAAAACGCAUGAAAAAACCUCCCAAGAUUUUGGAGAAUUACGUAUGCAGACCAGCCAUUAGGGCAACAAUGAGGAAUACGGGACGGGGAGGAGGUGCCGCGCGAGGGAAUCGUGCCGGGAAUACAAAUGAUGGGCCAGGUAACCGGAGCCAGAGUCCUUCUCGUGUCAGGGAAAAAGACAAGGAACAGAGUCCAAAUGUCAACAGAGCAAUCCAGUCAUUAUCCUCAUCUUCCAAAGUCCCGACGCCGCCACCACCACCACCUCCACCAACCAGCACAACUGCCGUGCCACCUUGUCAAGUGAAUGGCAGUGCACCGGGAAAACGAGGUCCACCAAAGAUGGAUUGCCCGUCUGACACAAAGUCAGACACUAAAGCAGGUACAGGCACAUCUGAACGGCCCCUCAAUCUUCAUCGCCCUCUUCCAGACAGCAAACUUCAUCCUUCUGGGAAGAAAACCCCAACUCUGCAGCAUACAGAGUCAUCCGCACCCUCUUCACCGUUACCCGCGUCGAAAGAAGCGAGCUGCGAAGCCGUUAAGCCGCCACAAUACACGCACAGCAAUGAAAGUCAAAGAGAUAAAGACAAGGCAGCUCAAAGCUGGGGAGCGCCUACAGUCACUGAAAAAUUAGCUCAACUCAUAGCCAUUUGCCCGCCAUCAAAGACCGCCAAGCCUGUCAAAGUGUCCGCUAAGACUGACGCCGCUCCAUCCCACUCCAGCUCAGGUUUUAUGACACCCACGGCUAAGCAGCGAGAUCGGGCGAUGGCCAAUAGGAAUACCUAUUCCAGAAUGGUUCACCUUUCUCCCCCCCUACCGGUGUCGCGGCCACCCGGUCGGCCCUACGGCUCCAGGAACAAAGACAUGAUGGAAAACUCGCCCGCCGCCGCCGCCGCCUUGACACCAGCCAGGAAGGAAGACACGGAUGGGACUGGGAAAGCGAGUAGCAGCAGUAUUAACGUGAACAGCAGUAGCAGUCGCAGCAGCAGUCCUGCACUCCUAUACGGCAAUAACAGAUUGCCUUCACUGUCAAAGGACGUUAACAACGACAACGGUAGCGUUCCUAAACUCCAGUCUCGUCCAAUUCACUUCUCUCCCCACGCCGCAGCUUCUCCUGUUGCAUCCUCUCCUACCACCACCACCACCACCGCAGCUGAGCAGAGGACUUUGAGUCACGUAAGCUCCCCCGCCGGCAAGCAUGCAGGAGAGAGCCCUGUUUCGACGGAGGAAGGCAUCGCAAGUCUCAGGCAACAAGGCAGCCCCAGAGAUGUGAACAAUUGCUGUCCUCUUGCAAAGCCUGACAGGAAAGACAAAGGCGCUAGCAGUCAGUCAUUGCAAGGUGAGGGCGACAAGAGCUCAAGUCCAUCCAAGCACAGCCCCAAUAGGGAUGGGAGUCGCAUCGGCCGGACCGGCAGCCCUGCCGAGUCCGGAAGGCCUAGAGCUUCUUCUUCACCCGAGCCGGAAGGUGAAGACAGCCCUCCGACUCCUCUUCGAGACGAUUCUCUGGAUUCGUCCGUAGAUUCUGCAACAGAUCAAGACAGUAAACCCCUUAAAAAACGGCGAGGAAGGAAGCCCCGCUGGGGCCGUGCUAUGAACAAGGUCCAUAGUCUGGCCAGAGUGGGCUUCGACAGUCCCUUUGACCAGGGCAGAAGCACCUUGCCGUUAUCUUCCAGUCAGGAAAGGUCAACUCCAAUCAAGAGACCCGUGGGGAGACCUCCAAAUCCAAAUAAACUCAAACCAAAUCCUCUGGCGCAAACGUCGGUGUCACGUCUCUUCACCUCAUCGCCCCAGGCCAAAAAAAGGGGCAGGCCAAAAUCGCGGAUGCCGAGGCUCGACGCCGCAUCCCGUGGACGCUCCCAUAAUAAAUUGGCUCCAUCGAAGGUUUAUUCGACUUUUCUGAAGUCCAAAGAAGAGCAAGACCCUCCUGUGCUUCACCCAGAAGUUGACCUAAACCCCCCGAAAGCUACCCCUCGAAAGCGUGGACGCCCCAAGCGCCUACCGCCUACUUUACCCGAAGAGUGUCAGCCUCCCACCCUGGCUCCUGAGGCAGGGGACCUUGUCGGGGACAAACGCUAUCACAGCAAAGGAAAUGGCCAGCUUAUUAUGAAAACAAUCAUAGGCAAGAUCAAUAAGAUGAAAAGUGUCAAGCGGAAGCGGAUUCUCAGUCAAAUCCUUUUAGGACCGAGAAAAGAAGACCCCCCCAAAGUGUCUCCGAGCGCCGCCGCCGCGGUGGGCUCUGCGCAAGCCGCCACUCAUUCUUUGUCCUCCCUGGCUGCUUCCCUCGGGGGGAAACUGGGACCGCAAAUUAACGUGAGCAAAAAAGGCACCAUCUAUAUGGGCAAGAGGAGAGGGCGGAAACCAAAAAGCGUCACAGCUCCACCGGAGCCCUUCUUGUCCCCCAGCAUGACUUCUCAUCUGCAUCACCAUCCGUCUCAGCAACAGCACCAGCACCAGCAUUCCUCUUCGGAAAUAUUUCCCUCACCUUCUCUUUCGCAGUCCAGCGGCGGCCAUAGUCCCAUCAGCGACGGCAGCUUUGUCGAGCCAGGCUCGGUGCACUUUGCCGCUCACUCUCACUAUUCGGGCAGUAGUCACGGCACAUUUGCUUUCCCCCCGCCGACUUUUUCAGCUCCAAAUAUUCGCAGCCCGGUCCUCGGCUCCUCUUUGAAUAUGGCCACGUCGCAGAGAAGGUCCUCGUUCCGUGGCUACCCCCACCCCCACUCCCACUACAGGCAGCAGCACUACCACUACCACAAGCUUUCUCCUCCACGGCCGCUCCAUCCCACCUCACCGGCUCCCCUUAGUGAGCUGAAAGAAGCCACUCCAUCCCCAGUGAGCGAGUCCCACAGUGAGGAGACGCUGCCUAGUGACAGCGGUAUCGGAACAGACAACAACAGCACCUCUGACCGUGGGGAGAAAGCUGGAGGAGCGGGCGCUCUGGGCGCAAUGGGGAUAUCAGCCGGGCUCGGUAGCGGAUUGUUAAUGCCCGGCGGCGUUCUCGCUUCAUCCGUGGGUUUGGGACUUGGCGCAAGGGGCAGGCGACGCCACUCCACUGUACUCGUGGACCAUAGCUCACCUUCUCCCUCGCCACAUAUGACAAGGUUAUCGCCCGAUCCGCGGAGAGCUCACCCUGCAGCUCCUUCGACCUCCAUAUUGGGUCACAAGGAAAAACAUAAGCAUAAAUGUAAACGCCGUAGUAGCCACGGGUGCCCGGGCUAUGACAAGCUCAAGAGACAGAAAAGAAAACGCAAGAAGAAAUACCUGCAACUGCGCUCCCGGCGGAUCGACCCCAACUUUCUGGCCCAACUGGAUGAGAUUGUCAUAAGGAUGAGCGAAAUCCGCAUCACGCAUCGGACCACCGGGCACCGUCUCGGUGGCAUAGCCCCGGGAGCAAAUCGGAUCCCGGGAGUGGGCAACCGUGCCGCUGGCAUCGGCGGUACCGGCGGCCCUCCACCUCAUCAUUACAUUCACCGAGAUCUCCUCCCCACAAUCUUCAGGGUCAAUUUUGGCAGCUUCUAUUCCCAUCCCGCAUACUCUUGCGAUCCAUUGCACUACGUUCGGAAACCGGACUUGAAAAAGAAACGGGGGCGCCCGCCGAAACUCAGAGAGUCCAUGUCGGAAGUUCCUUUUGUACCAGGGCUCGGAUUCCCACUCUCCAGCGGAGGCUUCUACCAUCCCUCUUACACUGUUCCUUAUUCCUCCGGACCCCUGGGAUUGGGCUACUAUCGGGGCUAUCCUCCGGCCAGCGCUCUAUAUCCUCACCACCAGUCAGCCCACACGGCUUCCGGCCACCACUCGCAUCACUCGCCCACCUUCCCCCCUCCUCCCCCUACAUCUUACGUGCAUCAUCACCACCCCUCUCAUCUUCUCUUAAACCCUUCGAAAUUCCACAAGAAGAAGCACAAGCUGCUUCGGCAGGAGUACCUCGGAGGACGCGCACCCGUUCUCUACCCGCCCAUGUCCUCUGAGCUGUCUUUCAACUGGCACCACAAACACAAACAUCGACACAAACACCGAGAGCGAUGCGCUGAUGAGGGCGAAGAAGAAGAAGAAGAAGAAGAAACGGUGGGCGGAUCUGUCAAUCGUGCCGGGGCAGGCUUGUCUGACAGCGGAGCAUCAGCUAAAGGAGAGAGAGUCGGGAGCUUGGGAAUGGCCGAGUCUUUGCAACGAUGCCGCUUUGGCCGGAGCGCCCCCCCCGCCAGCAAGCAAGCAGGCAUCACUUUAGCCAAUUCGCCGUCUUCAUCGUCAUCUCCUGCAGAUAGAUACAAGCGCAAAGAAAGCUCACUAUCCUGUUUGGGACCCUCCAGGCUAGCUCUGGGCAGCAGCUCCAAAAGCCAGCACCCGACCGAGUCCUGGUUCAGGAUGGGCUCCUCCGACACCGACUACUCGCAGCUCUCACGUCGUCACGGGCUUCCCGGUCAGGGGCGCUUCUCAGACGGGAGGCCGGAAGAACCAGCCGCUUGCUCUGACAGUGACGACGACGACGGAGCUCUCACACCCGCGGAAGAUGUGGAGACAAGAGGCCACGAUUCUCCUAAUCUUACCAAUCUCUUUGCUUCUGCUCUCACUCGUACCAACUUGAGGGGGUGCAGGAACAGAAAGAAUGACAUGGCGCCAGAGAACCAGAACAGCUUCUCCCGUCUGGACCGUACAUCACGGAAAGACCGCUCGGUAUCAACGGAGAGAAGAGAAUUAGGGCCUGCAAGUCUCCAGACAAGAGGCGGUGUCCUCUCCAAUUCGGAAGGGCCCGAAGGAUCCCUGCACCACCGACAACAGCUCCAUCAGCAGUCUCCUAUGUUUUACUCGCAUGGCUCGGCAUCCUCUUCCUGCCUUUCCCCCUCCCGGGACUGUUGCCCGGACGCCUCCCUGCCCCAUCGCUCCCAUCGAUCGCAACAGUCCAAGCACAGUCUCCACCACGUCAACAAAAUCCUGCGCGCUAAGAAGCUGCAGAGGCAAGCCCGUACGGGAAACAACAUGGUGAAAAAGAGGGGACCCGGGCGUCCCCGGAAGCACCCGUUACCUUCGCCGCCGCCUCCCGCCGUCGAAUUAAAUCCGACGCGGCACAGAGUGGGAGAGCGGCCGGGCGGAGGGAGAAUCUGGGACGGGGACGCCGUCAAAGACACCAUCGAAGCCGUUGUCAAAGAGCAGCGGGGUAGCAGAGGACAAAAAAGGAAACACUGGGAGAGAGAUGACGUUGAGGAGGAGGAAGAAGAGGGAGGAGAGGUGGAAGACACCGUGGAGCCGUUGCCAGACAGGGAAGAAAAUGCGGGCAACCUGAUGGCAAGGUCCAGACCGGGAUCUGGAAGGUGCUGGCUCGCCCAGGAUGAGAUCAAUCACUUCCCCGCCGGCUCAGUGGAGAAUAAGCCAGAUGGCCACAUCUCCACACAACACCAAGAAAGUGUCUCCAGGGAACAAACAUCAGCCAUCCCCAUCACCGCCCCACGGGAAAAGAGACCAGCCAGACCUCCAAAGAAAAAGUUCCAGAAGGCUGGGCUUUACUCUGAUGUCUUCAAGACCGAAGACCCCCGCAGUCAGCUUCUGCAGCUAAAGAAAGAGAAGCUGGAGUACAUACCCGGGGAACAUGAUUACGGCUUGUUUCCAGCACCCAUCCAUGUUGGAAAGUACCUGAGACAGAAGCGCGUUGAUUUCCAAUUGCCUUAUGACAUCCUAUGGCUGUGGAAACACGAUCAGCUGUACAAAAGGCCCGAUGUCCCUCUUUACAAAAAGAUCAGAUCGAACGUGUAUGUUGACGUAAAGCCUUUCUCCGGGUAUGAAACGACGACAUGCAACUGUAAAAUUCCCGAGACUCGUUCUGAAAAAGGUUGCCUGGAUGACUGCCUCAACAGAAUGAGCUUUGCCGAGUGCUCCCCCAGCACUUGUCCGUGCCACGAGUUCUGCGACAACCAGCAUAUCCAGAGGCACGAUUGGGUUCAGUGUCUGGAGAGAUUCCGGGCCGAGGGCAAGGGCUGGGGCAUCCGCACCAAGGAAAGCCUCCGCUCUGGCCAGUUCAUUAUCGAGUACCUGGGAGAAGUGGUCAGCGAACACGAGUUCAGGAGUCGCAUGAUGCAGCAGUACUUUGCUCACAGUGGCCAGUACUGUCUGAACCUGGAUAGUGGCAUGGUGAUUGACAGCUAUAGAAUGGGCAAUGAGGCACGCUUCAUCAACCACAGCUGUGAGCCCAACUGCGAGAUGCAGAAGUGGUCAAUCAAUGGGGUGUACAGAAUUGGUCUCUUUGCGCUCAAGGACAUCAGCAGCGGUAUCGAGCUCACCUAUGAUUACAACUUCCAUUCCUUCAACACGGAGGAGCAGCAAGUAUGUAAGUGCGGCUCAGAGAGUUGCCGAGGUAUCAUUGGCGGGAAAAGCCAGCGUAUCAACGGAUUGCCUCCCAAGGUGGCCGGUACUCGGCGACUGGGUCGACUCAAGGAGAAACGGAAAUCCAAACACCAACUUAAGAAACGAGAGGAAGACUCAAGUGACAGCAACAAGUUUUACCCUCACCUCAUGAAACCCAUGUCAAACAGAGAAAGGAACUUUGUCCUCAAGCAUCGAGUGUUCCUCCUGAGGAACUGGGAAAAAAUGAGAGAGAAACAGGAGUUGCUGAAACGAGAAGGUGAAAGAGAUCGAGACCCCACCAACGUCUCGCUGUAUACCCGCUGGGGAGGAGUCAUCCGGGAUGAUGGCAACAUCAAGUCAGAUGUUUUCCUCACACAGUUUUCAGCCCUGCAGACAUCCCGGUCAGUACGUACGCGGAGGCUUGCUGCUGCUGAAGAAAACACAGAAGUCACACGCACCGCUCGCCUUGCACAUAUCUUCAAGGAGAUCUGUGACAUGAUUACCAGCUAUAAGGAUUCAUCCAGCCAGACAAUCGCUGCUCCGCUCUUGAACCUCCCGUCACGGAAAAGGAACAGCCAUUACUAUGAGAAGGUGUCAGACCCUCUGGAUUUGAGCACCAUUGAGAAGCAAAUCCUCACGGGCCAUUACAAGACCGUCGAAGCAUUCGACACUGACAUGCUCAAAGUGUUCCGCAAUGCUGAGAAAUAUUAUGGGAGGAAGUCGUCCAUUGGCAGGGACGUAUGCCGGCUGCGCAAAGCCUACUACAGUGCCCGUAACGAGGCGGCCGUGCAAAUCGAUGAGAUUAUGGGCGAGACCGCCAGCGAGGCUGACAGCUCCGACUCGCUGGAGCGUGACCGGGGCCACCUCCACGGCGUGGCCGGAUCCCAUGACAAGGAUGAUGACAUUAUCCGCUGCAUCUGUGGCAUGUACAAGGAUGAAGGCUUGAUGAUCCAAUGUGAAAAGUGCAUGGUUUGGCAACACUUUGACUGCAUGCGCUUGGAGACAGAAGUGGAGCACUAUCUGUGUGAGGAGUGUGACCCGAGGCCAGUAGACACGGAAGUUCCCAUGAUACCUCAACCCAGCUAUGCCCAGGCUGGCUCUGUCUACUACAUCUGCCUCCUAAGAGAUGAGCUGCUUCUGCACCAAGGAGACUGCGUGUACCUGAUGAGAGAUAGCAGACGCACAUCCGAGGGCCAGCCCAUCAGACCCUCUUACCGUCUCCUGUCUCACGUCAACCGAGACAAACUUGAUAUCUUCCGCAUCGAGAAACUCUGGAAGAAUGAAAAGGGUGAGCGCUUCGCCUUUGGCCACCAUUACUUCCGUCCUCACGAGACACACCAUUCGCCAUCACGCCGGUUCUACCAGAACGAGUUAUUUCGGAUGCCACUCUACGAGAUCAUCCCUCUUGAAGCAGUGGUGGGAACCUGCUGCGUUCUGGAUCUCUACACAUACUGCAAAGGACGGCCAAAGGGGGUGAAAGAGCCAGAUGUGUACAUCUGUGACUACCGCCUGGACAAGUCGGCUCACCUCUUCUACAAGAUCCAUCGUAACCGCUACCCAGUUUGCACCAAGACGUACGCCUUCAACCAUUUCACCAAGCGGCUGACACCCAAGAGAGACUUCUCGCCUCACUACGUACCCGACAACUUCAAGAGGAACGGGGGCCGCUCGGCGUGGAAAAGCGAGCGUUCCAAAGGAUCCGAAGGCUGCGAGGACGACGGCUCAUCGUGCGAGCGAGCCGACGACUUCCCGCCCGAGGCGGAAAGCAGGAGAUCGGAGGAGGACGUGGACACGGCUGCGGGCGGUCCUGAACUUUUAGCCGACAAGCAAGUAGAAGGGGGCAAUGAUGACGGGGAAGGGCCUGAGGCUGUGGAGCAAAAGCAGCAAGAGGAGGGCUCGGCAGAAAGGAUAGGGGAAAUGCUCGAGCGGCCGUCCUUGUCGGCCUGCUCGUCGCUUCACCAGCCUGCGCUGGGCAGGAGAGACGCUCAAAGGGAGCGGCUCAACAAGAUUCUGCUGGAUCUGCUGCACAGAACACCAAACAAGAAUGGUGAGGGAGCAGGCGCACAGGAGGCUGCCGUAGAUGUCACUUAUCUCCUGCAGGAGGGUGCAGGGCGGCGCCUACGGCCAAGGACGCUCAGAUUUGCCCCUUUUGUUGGCAGAAAGUAAACAUUUCAACAACGAGCCGAGCCGACUGCCUUUCACCUUCUAAAGCGAGGGAGAUAGAUGAUAAGAAAGGAAAAGAGUCUCAUUGGCUAUCCAAACCCUUCCAGACCGUAAUGCAUCAUUUGGACCUUCGAGGUCACCUCUUCCAAGAUCUCAACUCACUCUUGAGAUGGUGGAGGGGGUUUGGAAGCACCGACUUUAUGUCAAGGAGUCGUUUUUUUAAGAUGAACAUAGGACAGAAAGGCCACACAUCAAGUGAAAUCACACCUUUGGUACUGACUGAAAGAUGGCUCUCACUCCAUCGGUGCAGAUGAGAAUGCUGGAGAAUUGCUCCUCCUUGUAGGCCCGUCCGUGCGAGAGGUGCAAGAUGCUGCAAGAUGCUGCUCGUGGCUAGACUGCACUUUUGGUGCCAUGGAUAGCUCUGUAUCUGUAUUGAAAAGACACUAAAACAGUACUUACUUGAUCAUGCAGUGUGGGGGGGGGAAAAAGCACGUCUAUCAUCUUUGUUUGACCUGUUAUAUUGUAGUCAGCCUCAUGGAGACACGGACUCGACCUCUUUGUUUUUUUAUGACCGUUUGAGCGCUUUGUUUUGUCACAGCGUGUCAUUGAAUUUUCCGUUUUCUUCCCCUCCCUGUGAAACGGUCAGCUUUUCAACCAAUGGAUUCACCAGCUUAACUAAAUCAGGUGGGAGGGACGCUGGCUUGAACUGUACCGCCUUACUCAGCUGUGCUCUCUGACUGCCUGUUUUUGCGCGUCUGGAGUCGACACGAUUUCCUCGAGAUGACCUUUUUUUUAAUGAGAA